AUGAGACUCUGGGAAAAUUGGACAGGAGAGAGUCGGUCGUUGAUUGAAUUCUCACUUUUCGGUUCUCUUGGAGCUCCGAAUAGUUCUGAAACAGAGAGUGAGUUACAAAAUACACAGGGAAAAGAUAAAAGCAAGUCAAGUACAACGGGAACAACGUCUGGAAAUCCAGUAGAAACAACAGCAAUCGCUCAAGAUAGUUUGAUGGCAAAACCAGAACAAGAAUCACCGACUGGGGGGACAAAAAGCAAUAUGCUUGAUUCGAUAAAAAUUAUCAGAGGGAAGAAGAAUUUAAGGAAGCCAACACAAAAGCAGAAGAAAGGGGAAACCGAUUCACAGCACACUCAAAUCAUCAACAUUCCUCUUGGAAAAGCAUCCGGAUCUGAAGCGGGCGCCAACAAAUUGACGAUUCCAGAAGAGCAAAAAGCUGUUGAGAAACCAAAUGGAAAGAAGAUUCAAUUUGCGGAUAAAAUUGUGAAAUCCACAAUCACUCCUGGAGCUAAAAAGUGCUUUUAG